AUGUCUUUGCCGUUAAAACCAUUUGCAAUUGACUCCACAAGUAAGCAAUUGGAUUCAAAACAAAAGAAAUUUAAUACUAAUGUUCAGCGUGCUUUAGAACGUUUCGAUUCAGUAACAGAAUGGGCGGACUAUAUUGCUUCCCUAGGCUCAUUAUUGAAGGCCUUACAAUCAUGGUCACCAAAAUUCCAGAACGUCAAAUACUUUGUUCCAUCACCAUAUCAAGUCAGUAGGAGGCUGACCUCCUCUCUCUCUCCUAAUUUACCUUCAGGUGUUCAUCAAAAAACUUUGGAAGUAUAUACCUACAUUUUUCAGAAUAUUGGUAUUGAGACAUUAGCUGCAGAAUGCAAUAUUUGGAUACCCGGUAUAUUACCUCUAAUGUCAUAUGCAUCUAUGUCAGUAAAAUCACGCCUGAUUGAAUUAUAUGACACAUAUCUAGUUCAGGUUCCUUCUGAAACAUUGAAAAUGCUAGUAAGACCUUUGCUCGCAUCCUUAUUGCCUGGAAUUGAUGAUGAAAGUAGUGAAUUUUUAUCACUAAAUUUGAAAUUGAUUGAAACUUUAAAAACAAAUCUUGGAGAUGAUUCUCUGUUUUGGCAGACAUGUUUCAUAGUGGUUGCAAGCAGUAAGGAUCGUAGACUAGGUGGGCUUGUAUGGCUCACCAGAAAUUUCCCAUCGUUGAAUGCAGUCCCUCAUUUGGUCUCGCAGCAAAGCAAAUCGUUUCAAGAAUCAGGAAAGAAUGAAGAGAGCGAUACAAUUCAAGAGAAGAAAAAUAAACAAGCAGUUGCCCUUUCUGUGGUCCUUCCUGAAGCGAAAAGUGUGGUUUCACCAGAACCGGGGUUAUUAAUACGUUGCCUGAUACGUUGUUUAGAUGAUGAAAAUGAUCUUCUUCUUAAAAGGGGAAUAUUAGAUUUGUUAAUCCAAAGAUUUCACCUCAAUUCCCCCGUAUUACAAAAUUUAGUCACUGAAAAUGAUAGAAAGCUCCUUAUUUUAUGGUGUUGUAGAACUACAUUGAGCAAAGAUAUGUCACUGAACAGAAGAGUAUGGAACUGGCUUUUGGGACCCUCCAUUGUCUCAACUUCUAGGAGUAAUUCUGAAAAUAAUACAGCAACUACAGCUGAAACAAGUUCCAAGGAAAGUCUGGGUGGCAGCGAGUACUUCACUAUGUAUGGUCUAAGUUCGUUGAUUUCAGGCCUGAAAGAUAUGAUAACAGAUGAAGCUUCCUUGGUUACAACUUUUAGAAUAUGUUUAGCAUUCAUGGAUAGAUGGGAAAUUGGCUCUUUAGUGAUACCUACAAUGUUUAUUCCAAUGCUAAAUGCCUCUAAACAAUUUGCGGACAAGCAGCAAGUUAUCCAAGCCGCUAACACCUUUUUCGAUGCUGUGGAAACAAAUAUUAUUUGGGGUAAAAUAAUCCAGUACGUUGUUACCAACAAGGACUUGCACUUACUGAGCUACGUUCUUAAAUGCUUUAAUGUUGAGAAUGAUGAGGAAAUCAUUGUUCGCCAUCUACCCCUGGUAUUGUUGACAUUAUUAUCCUAUAAUUCAGUAAAUGAAUCUACGGAUGUUUCCUCAAAGAAACAGCGCUAUGAUAUAUUUAAACAACUUCUCGGAUAUAUACCGGAGCGAUCUUUCUUACCAUUGGAUACAUCUACUAUGGAUGUUCAAAAUAGGCCCACACAUCAAGAUAUAUUGGCAAAAAUACAGAAUUAUUACAGAAAGGUGUCCGAUUUCAGCAACUCCCAGGAAUUAGAAGCAUCGACAGAAUUAGAAUUGCCAUUCUCUACUGAAGACGCAACAUUUUUGAUCGCGAUGAGUAUACAAGAUCUGGUUUUGCAAGACUUGAGGAAUAAAUCUACUAUAAACGAGUCAGCAAGUCUUUUCGUUGAAAUUUUUGAAAAAAUUCCAGAGUCUGCAGGUACAAAUGAUGUUAAACAAUCCAGUUGGUCGGUUAAUGAGUUGUUUCAAUCAUUGCUUGACUAUGUCAACUCAAAAGAGGGAAGGGGUUCCUCCUUGUGGGGAGUCAUAGAUAUCUAUAGCCAUUAUCUGGCAAAUAGACUGCCUUUCCUAGAUUCCAUGAAGCUUCUCAAUGUACUCAUGAAAUCCUUAUGUUUAUGCAUGGUUUCCCCAAAAAAUCAACUGGUAGCCAUCAAAUCUUUGAAAUCGUUAGAAAGAAUGCUUCCUUCCAAAUACAUACAAGGUGCUUUGGCCUCUGCUUUCGUGAAAGAGACAGAUGUUUUACAAAGGAUAUUGAUUCUAGACUUACUUUGGAAUGAACUUGAGUCUUAUAGAUCGUUGAUAAGGCAACCGCUGGAAAUUGUACUUGAUGAACUUUUCGAUAAACAAAAUCCGCAUUAUUUAAGCGUUUCUAAAUGGGUACUAGCAUCAGUACAUUCUGGUUCUUCAUCUCGCCUUUUUCAGAUGCUAGCGGAGGGGCUGUUGGACUUCAACUUUUUGGAAAAUGAUGUUAUAUCCGAUUUAGAUGAUUUAGAAAUGUUUACUUAUAGACUUCAAUUAAUUACUAAUGUCCUAAAAAUUAAUUCAUCCAUAAUUGUUAAAAACUUUAGUUCCGAACUUACAUCCUUAAAUUCUUUGGGAAAAUGGGAGAAUGAGGAUGUAUCUACCUAUAAAAACUUGGUUCUCGUAAUAAUCCUGAAGUUUUUGAAGCUAAAGAAUAACAAAAAUGCGAAAAGUAUGAGAAGUGCAUUAAUUCUAUUAGAUUCUCUACUAGAUGGUACUGAGUCCAAUUUCAAAGAUAUAGUCAUAUUUUUACUUGAAAUGUCCUCCAAGUAUUUGAGAAAAGGAGAAGUACCUUAUGAGCUUAUUGCUGUUUCAUUACUUGACAUAGUCUCUAAAGUUUUGAGAUUGUCGCAUGAAAAUAACAUCAAGCUUGAUAUAUUUGAUGAUAAUUCGACACACCUGAAAUACAUAGACUAUAUGGUUACCAGUGUUUCUACGAUGACAAGUUCAUUGGUUAUAACAUCAUAUGUCAAACUUUUAUCAGAGAGUAUAGCGUAUUUUGAAGGUUCUAUAUUUAGAGUUAUAUUACCUUUAUCAGCAUCCAGCGUCCAAUGUGUUCAACGGCUCUUGCUUUUAGAAAAGGAGCAUGGAGGAUAUUAUCAAUCAAUAUCACUUUUAUUAGAAGGGUUGGAGGAAUUACUGCAAGUAUCACACGGAUAUCUUUCAGUUGAAGAAAGAGAAGGUUACUUUAGCGGUUCAGGUGCCAGGACGGACUUUAUACAAUCUGUCGUAUCAAAUGUUUUCUCUUCAGAUGCUUCAGAUGUUUCUACAAGAAUACAGGGUGAGCGUGAUGUCGUACUACAAUCAAUUAGGCAAGUGGCAAUUUGCUGUUUCGAAAUUUGGUCAUGGGCACAUAGUAUUGCUGGCUCAACAGACUUGGGCGCCAAUGGAGAGCAAGUAAACUAUAAUUCAUUUAAGUUUAAGUUCAAAUCUAAAGUAUUACUAGAAAAACUAUUCAUGCUGGAGCCAUUGGAAAUUCUAGAAAACCUAGUCAAUCUCCAAUCAAAUGACAUGAUUGCUCUUGUACAUGUACUAGAUGGUAAUAAGCCAGCCGUAUCGUUACCAUAUUUCUUUUAUGGUGUGGUUAUGAGAUAUAAUAAAAAUACAACUUCAAAAUUUUCCAUAAAUUUAGCAGGUAAUAAGGGAUCUCACUUGAGGACAAACAGAAUAGAACCAUCUUUGAUUAACAAGUUGAGAGGAGAAACUAUUAUGAAUUUUGUUAUCAGUUAUGCAAAUUCCUUGGAGAAUGCUGCAGUAGAGGAUUUCUUUGAAGAUUUUUUGACGUUUUUCAAGGAGAUUGUUGCGAACUAUUCUAUGUACAAUAGAAUACAUUUACAAGUCCUAGAGCUUGUAGGAAUUAUAGCAUUAAAAUUGGAUAAAUCACAAUUUGGUGAACAAAAAAGGAUUAGGCGGGACUUCGCAGAUUUAUUCGCAAGAUAUGUGCCAAAUAUAGCAGCAGAACUGUUAGAUGAAGAAACGGAGGAAUUAGAGGCUUUUUCAAUCCUCGAGAAAUUCGUGCCAAAAGUUCAAUAUAUUGUGCAUGAGGAAAUUGGUGGUGAUAGGUAUAAUGCUGUACUGUCGAGCAUUGUUACUCAUUGUCUCGUACCAAGAAUUAAGAAUAAAUCUGAUAACAUUCCACCUUACGUUUUAAAACUAGCAGAGAAUAUUUCCACCGUUGGUGCUAAAGUCAAAGUGUGGAAAAGUUUGAUUUCUGACAUCUUUAAUGAUGACAAACAGCUGCCAAUACUCGGUAAUAAUGCCAUAUGGAAUAAGAUAAUUUUUGAAUGGUCGCAAUAUCCCGAAAAUAAAUCAAAACUUUUAAAUGAUUUGCUUCUUGUUACCGGUUCAAAACGAAUGGGUAUGACCCCUGUGCUGAUAACUUUCAGCUCAUGGAAUGACACUGAAAUUGGAACCAAAUGUCAAAAUUUAUCUAGGAUUUCUUAUUUACUGUUGGUGGCUCCAGUGGACACGUAUCUGUUGGAAUUCCAGUCAUUGAUUUCAUGCGUUUGUCAGUAUUUAGUGUCAAAUGAGUUUAAAUUAAAGGAAAAAUGCUGGGUCUUGCUAAGAGUAAUGUUUUUGAAGUUUUCCGAAUCACACUUCAAUGAAUACUGGUCUAUGAUUUCCUACUGUUUGCAGACAAACUUGCAAGAGUUUUAUGAAUUUUUACAACUCCAAGAGGAAAUUGAGCCCAUGGUUAUUUUGCAAUUAUGUAAGACGUUGGAUCUAUUGUUGGCACUACAAAGAGAAGGUUUUAGUGCAACAAAUGAAUGGUUAUUUAUUAUUGACACUAUCAAUUGUAUUUAUAAAAACGGAGCAUAUAUGGCGUUGGUUGAUAAAAUAUCAGAGGUCAAGGAUUAUGCCAUGGGUAGAGCGGAUGAUUUUGAAAUGACGAAUUCAGUUGAAGAGGGAAGCCCCAUGCUGACUGGUGUUCAUAGCAUCCAAAAACAUAGUCAAUUAAGGAAUUUCUUUCAUUCUUUGAGCUAUACCAGGUAUGAGGUUAAUUACGCUAUGAAAAUGCCAAAGGCAGAAGCCAGUGAAGCAGAUGUUAUGGGAGAUCUAUUCCAUUAG